GUUGAGGCUGGGGUUGGGGGUCAUCCAAAAUAGAAAUGUAGGCGCACUUAAAACUCUUCACGUUUUUUCUCUUCUAAUGGAUAUAGAUAUCUCGAAUUGAACAAUUUUAAUAUGGAAGAAUUCAUUUUGACCAAAGCUUGCAGUUUCGAUCUGCAAACAACGAAAGAAAACGAAAUAUUUAAACAAGAAAGUAUAAGAGAUCUUUGGGUUUGUGAAAAAUGCAGAAAAGAAUUUCUUGAUAAGGAUUCUCUAAUUUUGCACCAAGAACUGCACAAUAUUAAUGAAAACCCGUUUCCCGAAAAGGAAAUAAUUCUCAGGCGGGAUCUUCUUUAUAAGGAAGUGAGGAAACAACAAGAAAUGGAAGGUGGGAGGGCAGAAGUUACCAAAAAAAUGUCUUAUAAACCAAGAAGGAUCUAUAAACCAAUGUCGAAACGAGUGGGUCUUACGAAAAUACGAGUGGAAGAUUGUUUGAGAUGUGAUGCCUGUUCCUGUAUUUACAUCGAUGAGCGUGAUUAUUUCAAACAUAUGAGAAACUUCCAUCAGAAAUACAACACUAUUAUUCCAAGAUCAAGAAUAAAAAGUCCUCUGCAUCAUAAAAGUUGUAAUAAUUCUGACAGCCAACAAGAACAGGAACAAUCAUUAAACAACAAAACGACAGAUCCUUUAAUUCUUCCAAUAAUCAAUGAUGCACAAAUAAGAGAAAAAAUCAAGAGUCGAUGGAAUAAAGUCUCCCAAAGCUCUAUGCCUGGUCAUGCAGAGGCUGUCAUUUCUGUCAAAUUUAGUCCUAACAGUAAGCAUCUAGCGAGCGGCUCAGGCCACAACAACUGGGUCCUUUGCAUUGCAUGGUCGCCUGAUUCCACAAAAUUAGUUUCUGGUUGUAAGGAUGGCCACAUAGUUUUAUGGGAUCCCGCCACUGGCAAGCAAAAAGGUCCUACUAUGAAAGGUCACAAGCAGUGGAUAACCUCGCUGGCAUGGGAACCAUAUCACCUUAAUGCAGAAUGCAGAUAUUUUGCCAGCAGUUCAAAAGAUGGUGAUAUCAGGAUAUGGGAUGCACCGAUUGGAAAAUGCUUGAGAAUUCUUACUAGCCAUUCGAAAAGUGUCACUUCACUGAUUUGGGGUGGAUCUUCUCUCCUUUACUCUGGUUCUCAAGACCGUACAAUCAAAGUUUGGAGGCCGAAAGAUGGUAUACUUUGUCGUACCUUGGAAGGUCAUGCACAUUGGGUGAAUAGCCUGUCAGUCAACACUGACUAUGUUAUGCGAUUGGGUUCAUCUUUCAGGCCAUCAGAAAAUGUCAAUCAGAAUGAUAAGGAAGCUUUAAAGAAAGCAGCUGUUGAGCGAUACCGUGAAGUAAGUGGUUCUGAAGGAGAAAUUCUUGUAUCUGGAAGUGAUGAUUUUACUAUGUUUAUGUGGAAACCAGAAACAGGAAAGAAAUCUUUUGCUCGGUUAACGGGUCAUCAACAACUCAUAAAUGAUGUAAAGUUCUCACCUGAUACAAGGCUACUCGCAUCUGCAUCAUUUGACAAGUCUAUAAAGCUGUGGGAUGGUAAAACUGGAAAGUAA